AUGCCUCACCUCCACCAAUGUGGAGGCGGAGGGAGGAGGGCCCAAAGACAUGUCCCUUCACGCUCACAGCAGCUGAAAACAGAGAAGGAAACUCGCUAGAACCUUUUUCAGCAGCUCAGGAGGAGACUUUGCUGUCCCUGUCUCACCCCAGAAGCCCUCCCGGACUCCAGGACUCUGGGGGGGUGGCAAUCCCGCACCCGCCGGGCGAUGAACAUCGCAAGGAGAAGAGGAUUUUACAGACAGGAGGUGAACAAAACCCUCUGGGAGCUGCCCAGGAGAUACACGUCCCUCCACCCCGUGGGGUCCGGAGCCUACGGCUCGGUGUGUUCAGCCAUAGACAAGAAGACAGGGGAGAAAGUGGCCAUCAAGAAGCUCUGCCGCCCGUUCCAGUCAGAGAUCUUUGCCAAGAGAGCGUACAGAGAGCUCAUGCUGCUGAAGCACAUGCAGCAUGAGAACGUCAUUGGGCUGCUUGAUGUCUUCACUUCUGCCCCCUCCUACCAGGGAUUCCAGGACUUCUACCUGGUGAUGCCAUACAUGCGGACAGAUUUACAAAAGAUCAUGGGACAUGAAUUCAGUGAUGAAAAGAUCCAGUACCUGGUCUACCAAAUGCUGAAAGGGCUGAAGUACAUUCAUUCAGCCGGAAUCAUCCACAGGGACCUGAAGCCGGGCAACCUGGCUGUGAAUGAAGACUGUCAGCUGAAGAUCUUGGAUUUUGGCUUGGCCAGACACACUGAUGCUGAAAUGACGGGUUACGUGGUUACGCGCUGGUACAGAGCCCCAGAAGUCAUUCUGAACUGGAUGCAUUACAACCAGACAGUGGAUAUUUGGUCUAUUGGCUGCAUCAUGGCAGAAAUGCUGACUGGGAAAACGCUGUUUAAAGGAAAAGAUUAUCUCGACCAACUGACUCAGAUCCUGAAAGUAACGGGGCAUCCGGGAGAAGAGUUUGUGGAGAAGCUGGAGGACAAGGCGGCUAAGAGUUAUAUCAAGUCCCUUCCUAAAAUGCCCAAGAAGGAUUUGUCUGUGCUCUUCCCCAAGGCCAAUCCUCAGGCAGUGGAUCUGCUCGACAAGAUGUUGCAGCUGGAUGUGGAGAAGCGCCUGACAGCGACGGAGGCGUUGGCUCACCCCUAUUUCGAGCAGUUCCGAGAUAUCGAGGAGGAGACAGAAGCACAACAGUCCUAUGAUGAUUCUCUGGAACAUGAAAAGCUCUCGAUAGAUGAGUGGAGAAGUAAGAAGGUUUUCUUUGAAGUUCCUCUCUCUUUUCUGCCUCUCUUUCCAGUGCACAUGCUGA